CUCCCGCUCCCGCACCCAUCUCUCGGCUCGUUCUCGGCAUACGCUCGUCGGGCGCGCGGACUCGGGGAUCGGAGGCACGCGCGUGCUCCACCCCGACCCCGAGCCGAGACUGGUGUGUGCGCGCGCGCUUGAUGGGUGACCGAGGGCUUCCCUAAAGUUUGCGUCCUUCUCCAUCCGCACAUUGAGGGUCCGGAGCUCCGCGCGCCGUCCUUCUGUCUUUGAUGGUCUCGCGCCGCCGGCGCCUCGCUGCUCUUCGCCCACCCGUUUGGCUCGGCAUCCCCCCCUCUCCCCCCACGAGGACAGGACAGAACAGGACGCCCGAGUCGGCGCGCGCGUGCGUGCAGCUAUGUCCACGGCACGCGUGGACUACAUCGCGCCCUGGUGGACCUACUGGCUGCACAGUUUCCCCCACGUGAAUCUGAGACUGCAGCCCGUGGACAGCACGUUCCGGCCCUACGAGGACAACUACCAGCAGUCGCUCAUCUUCCUGGGCUGCGUGGCGGCCGCCGCCCUCGGCCUCAACCUGCUCCUCCUGGCAAUCUACCUGAGCUGCCUGUGCUGCUGCCGCAAGGAGGAAGAGGAGGAGAGCAAGAGGCCCAAUUCCUGUUGCGUCACCUGGGCUGCCGUCACCGCCGGCCUCGUCUGCUGCGCCGCGGUGGGCGUCGGUUUCUACGGAAACAGCGAGACCAACGAUGGGGUGUAUCAGCUCACUUACUCCCUGUACAACGCCAAUCACACGCUGGCCGGCGUCGAUAACCUGGUGGGGGGCACCAUGGGCAGCAUGCAGAGCACGCUGAAGCAGCACCUGGCGCGGCUGGACGAGAUCUUUGCGGCACGUGGCGACUACGUGCAGACGCUGCGCUUCAUGCAGCAGAUGGCCGACAACAUCAUCAAGCAGCUGACUGGCCUGCCUGACUGGGAGCAGGUCAAGGUGGACCUGGGCGCCAUCGCCAACCAGACAGCCCACGUGGAGUAUUACCGGUGGCUCACUUACCUGCUCCUGCUCAUCCUGGACCUGGUGAUCUGCCUGGUGACCUGUCUGGGCCUUGCCAAGCAGUCCCGCUUGCUGCUCACCACGAUGAUGGUGUUCGGCGUUCUCGCUCUGAUCCUCGGCUGGGCGUCGCUGGGAGCCGACGUCGCCGCCGCUGUGGGCGCCAGUGACUUCUGCGUGGCCCCGGACAAGUUCCUCAUGAACCAGACCAAGGACUUCAUCAGCGCUGAUAUUCUUCAUUACUACUUGUACUGCAGCCAGAGCCUCCCGAACCCCUUCCAGCAGUCGCUCACCAUCUUCCAGAGGUCCCUGACCACCAUGCAGAUCCAGGUCCAAGGUCUGCUGCAGUUCGCCGUGCCGCUCUUCCCCACCGCCGAGAGAGACCUGCUGGGCAUACAACUCCUGCUGAACUCGUCCGAGUCCAGUCUGCACCAGCUGACAGCGCUGCUCGACUGCCGGGGUCUGCACAAGGACUACCUGGACGCUCUGGUGGGCGAGUGCUACGAUGGCGUGGAGGGCCUUCUCUACCUCUGCCUGUUCUCCUUGCUGGCGGUCUGCUCCUUCUGUACCAUGCUGUGCACCAUCCCCCGCGCCCUCAGGCACAUCGCGGUCAGGGACCGCGACUACGAGGACAUCGACGAGGACGAUCCAUUCAACCCGCAGGCGCGGCGUAUGGCGGCUCACAACCCCACCCGGGGCAACGUGCACAGCUUCUGUAGCUACAGCAGCAGCCUGGGCAGCCAGAGCAGCCUGCACCCCCCCGCCCAGGCCGUGUCCAACGCGCCCGUGUCCGAGUACAUGAACCAGUCGGUGCUCUUCGGGGGGAACCCCCGGUACGAGAACGUCCCGCUGAUCGGCCGAGGCUCCCCGCCCCCCUCGCCACUUAGAAACCGAUACUCCCCGAGCAUGAGGGCCAAUUACCUUUCGAUGACGGACGACCAAAUGAGACACUUCGGGAGUGACUUCCAAGCGUAGAGCAACGGCGCAUCCCCACCUCUCAGUCCUCCAGCGGUCACGCAAACCGCGCGACACAGCUUUGUCAUUCUCGGAGAGACUGUGUGGAUGGAUGCCCCAAACCACCUCCGUGCAGGACCUCAGGGGCGCUUUUGAGCUCCUCUACGACCUCAGACCUUGCGAUCGACUCCAAGCCGAUGUCCGACUCCCUCUUCGAUAUCUUACGUAAAGUUAGGUCUUCCCACACUCGAGCAAUAGCCGUAACGAUUUGUGAAUAAAUGUCUCUUCAUCUCGUCUGGACUGGCUAAUGGACAGCAUGUCAGCUCCAGCAAGGGCUCAUGGGAAAUUUUCAUCAUAUCACUAGAUGGUUGAGCCAUCUGAUGUGGCCAAGCACUGUACACCAACCACAGAGUUUAAACCAUGACCUUGGCCAAUUGUUCUUGCAGACUUUUUGUCCAAGCCGGUGCAUCCCAAAACGCAACUUUUUAUAAACAAUCUGAGACCAUUAAUAAAGCCUUUAAGCCCAUAUGCAGUAAAUUCUGUGUCCACGUUGUACAACGAAGAAAUAGACUCUUGUCUGUACGUUUCCGUAACAUCUCUUACAUAAUGGAUGUGUUUGUUCAAAAGAUGGUGAAAUGAAAAGUAAUUGCUGUUGUAAACCGUUUAUUAAAUGAAAACGGAGUCCGAGACAAAUAGCAGGUGAGAUUUGAUUUCCAGCAUGACAGGGGCUUCUUCAGCUGUUUUGCUUUUACGUCAAAAUUCCUCACAUGUCUCAAAUAAAUGACUGCAGUUAGCCAAAUUAUUUCUAAUUCAUGCCACAUGAUACAGGAAGUAGCAGCGUCUUUAUGUCUUGUGACAGAAUGCAUAACAUUCGAAAUUCUUGUCUUUUAAUGCAGUGCAGGAUUUGCUACUUCUUUAUGGAAUCAGGGUAAAUUUGAGUUUGCGCGUGUCCAUAAGAUCAAAGAGACCGAGAAGCACAACUCACAGGGAAUUCCCUGACACACUCGCUUAUGUCACCCCCUGUCUUGUGGGAUGUCAUGACAUCUAAAGUAGCUGUGCUAAGCUGAGAUGUAACAAGGUGAUGGCUGUAGUUGUCCUUGUUGUACAAGACUGAGCGUGUGUCCUCUGUGCCUGAAUCUCCUCCUUUCCUUAACACGGGUCCCAAAGCUUGGUCAAAGAACCUAAAGCACAAAGAGAAAAAUAUCCAGUCGUUCCUUAAGGCCUUUCUGGACAAGACGGCCAAAAACAUGGAAAAUAUGGAUGGAAAGGUUGAAGGACUGACCCAAAGACCCAAAAUACCUGAAGGAUAAAGGGCUGCCACUUACUGACACCAAGAUAAGACCCAAUAUAUGUGAAGGAUGAAGGACUGACAUUAAAAAAAGAUGCAAAAUGCUGAAAAGAUGAAGGAUUGUAGUUAAGACUGAAAACACCUGAAGGAUUGACAAUGAUCCAAAAGCAGAAUAACUGAAGGAUGAGGGAUUGACACUGAGAACAGACCCAACAUAUCUGACAGAUGAAGGAUUGACAUUGAGACCAGACCCAACAUAUCUGAAGGAUGAAGGGUUGACAUUGAGACCAGAUGCAAAAUUCCUGUAGAAUGAAAGAUUGUAGUUAAGACCAAAACGCCUAAAGGACAAAGAAUGGUCAUUAAAGCAAGACCCAAAAUACCUUAAGGAUUCACAUUGACACAAGACCCAGAAUAAAUGAAGGUUGAACGAUUGUAACUAAACCCCAAGUACCUAAAGAGUGGAGUACUGACAUUGAGACAAGACCCAGUCCACCUGAAGGGUGAAGGAUUGUUAUUCUGUCAAAACCCAAAAUACCUAUGGCAUGUGCAACUCCAUUCUGUGUACAUCUGCAGUUUUUCAGUCUCCACCAAAUGCACUCUGCCAACAUAUUAACUAUUCCAGAGCUGUGUCCAAGUCAAUGUCCUGAAAAUAGAUAUGUCUCUUAGCUUGUGACCCUAUAUGACCUAUGUGUGAGAUUCAGCACAGUUUCCAUGGUUUUAGCAUGGCCAAAUCUCAAAAUUUCAAAAGUACAGUUCUAACUGCUCACUUGCAGCAGUGGGAAGCAGCAGGUUGAGCUACCCCAAAGUAACAUCAGGCCAUCAACCAGUAGAGUGGUCUAUAACAUAACAGCUCAGGCAGUUAGGUGUCAGGGUUAUUUCCCCCUAGUGAUCUGUUCCAAAGAAGGUUCCACAGUGUAUGAGUAAGGCUACACCAUGUCUGAGCAGGCAUAACAACGGUCACUGUUAAAAUUUUGCGUCCGUGAUGCGUGCAUUAACACACCAAACGACUGGUUCCCUCUUCCUUAAGUGGAGCUCUUAAUGUUCAUUCAAGGAUGAAACGAUUCUCAUGCCAGUCUUCGAAAUAGCCGGUUCAAGUACGCAGUGUAUCAUAAGCAGCCCGUUUUGUCUUUGCGGUGUAACUACAGCAGGAAGAUGUUCCUUUUCAAAAGUCCUGAUCUACAACCAUACCGGAAGCAUUCUCACCUGCAACAUAGGUGUGUCCCUUCUGAAACCCAAAUGAGAACCUCAUGCCCACUACAGGAAGCUGAGGUCAUCAAAAGUUGACAAGGUCAGAAAAAGGACACACGGCAUGGUUUGGACCACAAAAUGACCAAGCCGCACCAGUCUGGACCAGAACUCCCUCUACAGACCCUUAAACCACUGAGGCCAUGGGUGAGGAUUUUUAUAUCCCUGUGGGACAACUAACAUGCUGUAACUAACAACGUCUUCCGCUGGAGAGCAGAUGACACUUUCUCUCUAGUUGCAAACUGAAGUGUUUUUUUAUUAUUGUUAUUAUUAUAUUUUCUGAUCAUGAUUCUGACUCCUGAUUGUUGUUUUCCUUCCUUCAUUGGUCAGUCCCCUCCCCGUGCAUGUAAAAGUGUUUCAUUGUAGCACUGCCUACAGCCAUUGAGAAAUGGUGCUUGAUGUAUUGUGCCCCCACUGUAAGGGGAUGAAU